AUGAGCUCCUUGCAGUUCAUGACCUCCGAAGCUCGCAAAGACGCGACGUUGAGGACGGCUGAAUCAAUGACGGAACGCAUUGUCAGUGGUGAUGUCGUCCUAGCUGUCAGAGAUCUUUACAAGAACAUCAACACGUUCGCUGCGCUUCUUAGCUGUUACCACAUUCGAGGUGCACUGCCACAAAAUAACAUGGACUUUCGUGGCAUGGCAUGCUAUCCAAUUGUUGGUGCCCUGGAACACGAACUCAGCCUCAAUGAAGUGACGCAGCAUUUCGAUGGCUCUGCUACCAUACCUGACCAAGACUGGGCGGCUUUCAGGUCAUCGCAGCCUAGCAUAGACCUCCCAGCAGCUACACAAUGGCUGUCACUCCUGGGUCACGAUCUUUACGACCGUGUGAUGGACUUUGUAGCGCCAGUCGGUCCUUCGUGGAGGGCCAAGGGCGGCGAAGAUAGAAUUACGGUGAAAAGAUGGCAGUUCUGGCAGAAUAGACUGCGGUACUUUGCCUCGAGCGAUACCAUUCUGGGCGAUGGAAUCAAAACUGCAUGCAGACAAGCAGCAGAUCGCAUGGACGAGGUGACCUGA